GUCCUUAACUACCGUUUUUUUUUUUUUCAAGUCAUAUAGCGCUGCCUUUUCUUUGUGCGAGCAAAUAAUUGAACCUUAUUAAAGAAACAGUGAGGUGUUUUUGUUUUGUGAGGCAACUAUCACAUCGGAUGCAGCUUGAGUAGUUGAAGCUUUUUGGAAGGGGUUCCACAGAGAUCAAUUGUCAGCCUCCUAUUAAUCCGUUUUCGCCUUUAAUUCACCAGCAUUUUUAACUCUCUAUCUAGGUAACAGAAAAAAAAGCAAAAAGAAAAGAAAAAAAGAUCCACCUUCCAGAUGAUGGCGGAACAUGGAGUGCCAUGUGACGGGCAGGACGCUGCCUAUUGUAUGAACGGAGGCACGUGCUAUAAACUUGCCUCGAUGGAAACAAUUUCCUGCGUGUGCAACGACUACUACAAGGGGAGUCGAUGCGAGCAGUUCCAACUGCUCCUUGGAGCCUCCGAAAAGGAGCAAGCGGGUUUAAUUGUAGCACUGGUCCUUGUCGCACUCCUCAUCUUAGUGGUCUUUGCUGUGGUUGUCUACUUUACAUAUAAGAUGCUGAAAGCCAAGCAACAGAGGAAACAGAGUCACAUAGAGUAUUGGAAAGUCAAACCAAGAGUAUGACGAGUGAACGUUGAUGUGUUCUCGCAACACCCACAUGGUGAGAUAUUUUUGAAUGCCAGUUAUUGUGCAGACUGGAGCUGGACGAUUU